GUUGAUUUACCGCGAAAUCGCCCUGCCUUCAAUCCAUCGAAACAUCAGCGUAGCCAUCGAUAUUGACAUCAAAAUUGGUCAUUCCAUCUCACACGAAGGCGGCCUUUCUUCCCAUGUGACUCUCGGCGCCUGAACCUUGCUGGUUCCGCCGGGACGCGACCGCAGGAUUUCCGCGCAUGGCGACCGACCGACCGCGUCCUACAACUCCGAUCGCAUAGCACAGGGACAGCAGCCACAUUCCCCCAAGCAUGUCUUUCACCAAUGGCCAGCACAGCUGGUCAACCCCAUCAGGCGGACUUCCCAACGGAAUCAAGAAUAUGCAUCAAUUUGAUGAUGGCCCGGCGAGAACACAAACUCCGAUAGACAACAAUUCCAUGACGUUGGUGCCUGAGGCAUCCGAUCUCGCCGAGGAGGAACGUCGCGCGCAUUUCUCCGAGAUCUAUCGCAAGACCGAUUCCAAAAUAGCGCUCCUGUUUACCGAAGAUGGAAAGUACAACAGGGAAGCCAUAGAUUCUUGGACUCGCGCUCCUAUCUCCACCGUUUCCUCCAUUCUCCCCAAUGCGACCGAUCACACCCCUAUACAAGAACCCCCACGGAAAAAGGCCAAGCGCACCAUCGACGAGGACGACUACGACGAUGAUGACGAUGAAGACGAGGAUGAGGAGGCUACCGCGGCCGGUGCGCAAACUUCACCGCUAAAGCACAAGAUAUCAUCCGACAAUCGUCAACUGCUGUCGCCGUCCAAAUCCGGCAGUUCCCCCGUCCAUUCCGUAUCGUCCCCGGACAAGCACUCGGCAAAGUCCAAGGAAGACGGCUCUUUACAGGGCCAGGCCAAAACCGCCGAGGAUGCGCGCAAGGAGCUCGAAGAGGCGCGUGUCGCGACCGAGGAAGCCGCCAAGCGCAGUUUCCACACCAUUAUAUAUCCUCUCGACAAUGACCGGACUGCGAUGCUUGAGCAGCAGCAGCUCGAGGAGUCUGAGAAGCAGCUUCAAGCCGAGAUGGAAAAGAACGCCGGCGGGAAUGCGAAUCAGGGCCCCGGUCAGAACCAAGGCACAUUAAGUAGUGCAAAUUUGGGCGCAUCAAGCUUGACACUCAAGCACCUCAUUGCCCGCAUAGAUCAGAAGCGCAUACAGGUCAGGGCCUCAGAUGCAGAACUCCGAUCCCUGAUGAAUGAAGUUAGGAAAAACAGGAGCAAGUGGGCCAGCGAAGAGAAUGUCGGACAGGAGGAGCUGUAUGAGGCUGCAGAGAAGGUUCUCAGUGAACUCAAGGCGCACACCGAGUACUCGACCCCCUUCCUUUCUAGGGUCAACAAGCGUGAUGCACCCGACUACUACAACCUCAUCAAGCAUCCCAUGGACCUGGGGACAAUGACGAAAAAGCUGAAGCAGCUUCAGUAUAAAUCCAAGGCAGAUUUCGUCGCAGAUCUGAACUUGAUCUGGGAUAACUGUUUAAGAUAUAACCAAGAUUCCAACCAUCACUUGCGGCGCAUGGCCAAUGGCAUGAGGAAGGAAGCAGAGAAGCUCAUUCCACUCAUCCCCGACAUCAUUGUUCGCCCACGUGCCGAGGUCGAGGCCGAGGAACGGCGCAAGCAGAAUGGUGGUGAAGAUGAUGCCGGCGAUGACAGCGACGAUGAGCCGAUAAUGUCCUCUCGGGGCCGAAUUGCAGGCAGUAAAGGCACGAACAAGUCUCGAAAGGCUCCUUCGGAUCAGCAAGAGCAAGCCUCUGGUACCGACACGAAACCAGUAUUGCAGCUCAAUGGAUUGCUAGCGAAGGGGCGGGAGGGAUCAGAGGCUAUCGACGGGAGUAACGGCUUUGGAACGCCGCCAAUAGGGGGCUCAAAUACACCCGGUGGCAUGAAUGGCCUGGCCGGCCAGGGAAGCAAUGUCGAUGCCAUGGAUCUGGACGGCCCGUCCCUGAACGGGAUGCCUUUUGGAGAAGCAUUCGAAGAGGCCUCUGCUCCGGUAUACGAGGAUGAGGAGUAUAAGAUAUGGAAGCAAGUCACCAAGAAGCAAAGAGCAACUAUCGCAAGACAGCGCUAUAAGCUUUUUGAGGGGAACAAACUGAACCCUGAUGAGCCCGCUCUUUUGCGGACCAAGGCUGGUAUGAGGCGGUACCUGCACAGCCAGCAACAAGCCGAGUCCAGCGGGGUCAUUGACGCUUCGCAGGCCGAUGCCUCUGGGUUUUCGGCGAAGCAGGCAAAAGCACCCGAAACUCUGGCCGAGGGAAUGCAGGACGAGGAAGAGAAAGUGAUCCCUGACUAUUAUGAACCCCAAACCAUCAUCCCGGAUAUUCCAUCAAAACUCCAAUGGGUUCUGGAUGGCGAGGGUCACGCCAUUGAUCAAUUCGAAGAGUUCCACCGGCUUGUACCUCCAGGGCACUUCACUGCGCCUCAGAGCCGCCUCUCGAAGCGUAUCCAAGACAACAUGCGGCAAAUGCAGGAAACGAGAAAGCUCUGUUCAAAGAUAGGGGUCAUCAAGCAAAUGCAAAUCCAGACCCAGAUCUAUCAAAACCAGUUUCCAAAGUAUAACCCUGAGCCUUUUGUGGAAGCGGACAUAGAGCCACACUUCACUUCGGGUGACGGCGCAGUCAUUGCUCCCGAGACAUGUCGAGCAGCAAUGCAGCGUUCAAUUGCCGAAAUUUGCUAUCAUGCAGGAUUCGAAGAGUGCCAGCCAUCCGCUCUUGACGCAAUUACAGACAUUGCGGCCGACUACAUGCAGAAGCUAGUACGCACAUUCACUGUGUACAAUGAGGCCGACAAGAAACCUGCCAGGGGUCUAUCAGCCGAGAGAGGCAGUCGCUGGCAACCCAGGUUUACUCCUGAGGAGGUUGUUUUACACACUCUUGCAGGUAACGGAUACGACCCCGAGUCUCUCGAGACAUACACCAGGGAUGAGGUGGAGCGCCUAGGUGGAAAACUUGUCACCAUCCAUGAGCGCAUGAAAUCACAUUUGUCUGAACUGUUGCGGCCGGCGCUCAAUGACGCCGGCCCCGAUGGCGCAGGUGCAUUCAAAGAAGGAAGUGAGCAAUUCGUUAGUGGUGACUUUGCUGAGGAUCUUGGAGAAGAUUUCUUUGGAUUCAAGUCCCUUGGUCUCGACAAAGAAUUGGGACUUGACUUUCUCUCUGUGCCACUGCACCUGCUGCAAAGACGCGUCUACGCAAAUGCUCAGAGCCAGGCGCAAGUGCCUGGAGCCGCUGAUAUGGAACUUCUUGAACCGCUGCCUCCGCUGGAACCGGUCACCAAGGAGAACAUCCAGGAACAAAUUGGAUUGGUCAAGAACUUCUUCUUGGCUAAACUGCAUGCCAAUGGUGACUCUCCGCUCAUCGAAGAUGAGGAAUUGCCUGUCAAGCAGCGGCGGCCCCGUCCUCGCCUGGGCGCUACGGGCAAGAUUGUUUCGCCGCAGAAGCGGCCACCUAAGGAGCAGAUCGCGCUGGCCAAGAAGAAGAAGAAGCUAGAAUCGGGCCUGGCGCAGAUCACGGCGGGUAAGAAUGUAGCGGACGCCGCGGCGGCGGCGGCAGCAGCAGCAGCCGCCGCAGCGACCAAUGGCGUCAACACAACGCCCGAGAAGUCUAAGAAGCCCAAACCGGGGCCGACGAACCCAGCGUUGGUGCUGGCGCCUACGAUGGAGAGAGUUGAGAGCAUGCAGAGUUUGGGGAAUAACAGUCAUACUGACAAGGAUGAGGGUGUGGAUAUGAUGAGCCCAGAGAAUUCAUAAAAAUAAGGGGGGUUUUGGAGACCCCAAAUUGCUUUCCAGGGUUUCUUUUAUUUUUGGACAUGGAAAUGGGAGCUAUCAAGUCUCCAACGUGUCUGCCUUUCUUUUUUUUUCUACAAGGAUUGACCACAGGCUUUUAUGGUCAGGUAUGUUCUUUUGGUUUGUGUACAUCAGACAUUUUACCGUGGGGAUUUUCUUUUCUUUUUUUUUUUUUUUUUUUUUUUUGUUUACUGUUGUUUGUUGCUAGGCGUCGCGGGUCGAAAACAAG